AUGCCGCUAACGCCGCAGGCCGAGGAUCGCAUAUACAUUCUGGCUUGUGAGUGUGAAGAGUUGUUUAAAAAACAUCUUUCGAAAGGACACUCGCCUAUAAUCACAAGUCUUCUAGCGGAAUAUCAGCAACGAUUCUCAAUAUGGACAGCCUACUUGGGUGUUUUCGCACGCCCUAGUCAGUGCCUCGACAGAAGACUCCAGACUUUACAUGAUAUUCGAGAUAUUGUUUUACGUCUGUUGGGGUUGUUGAGGAGAUCUCUAUCGCUAUACACUGAAGAAACCUUAAAAUCGGGUGUGGAGAAAUCUCAAGACACAGAAGAAACCUUGAAAUCGAGUGUGGAGAGCUUGACCGAAAUUGAGGAGACACUUGAUCGACUCAAUCGACUGGGUGUUGCGAUCCGACAGUCAGCCAGACUGAAUCUCAAUCACCGAGUGAAACUCUUCACUCAGAAUGUCAAUGUGAAAGAUUUUGAACACUUAUUCACAACCAUGGUCCAAGUCCUUUACCCCAACGCACACCCAUCCUUACGGAGUCGUCUCGCAAGGUCCAUGACGGACAGGUUGGCAAGAAUAGUAUUUCUUAAGUCUCGACAACUUGCUCUAGCAACUCGACGAAACGAGCAGCCACAGCAGAUGGCUGAUAUUCCUGAAGAUGAGGCAGUGCAAGAGGAGGCAGCUCCUACCGCACAUAUUGCACACCAUCUGCCACCCCCUGUUAUAUCACAGCACUCGUUUCCUCAGCCCAUAGGUCCGCGUAGUUCAUUCUCCGACCUAUCAUCACUGGACACGGGUCUCUUCCGAUCUAGGCUAAACAAUAUAUGGCGUCCAAAGUCCAAAACUCGCAAGACAUCUUCUACCCAAAUUAAAUAUGACAAUUAUCCACGGCCACCGGAUCAGUCAGAGGGUGAGGUCGUAGUUUGCGAAUGGUGCGCCCAGCCACUUAACAGAGAGGAUCUAGAUCCCACGAGAUGGAGGCGACAUGUGGAUCGUGACUUGGAACCCUACAUAUGCCUUUCAGAAGAGUGUGCUGAGUCCUCCGCAGGAUUCUCGACCUUUGAAGACUGGUCUGAUCACAUGCAAACUCAUGGUCAGCGAUGGCAUCAAGAUGUAUACCUGAUGCCUUCAUGGAUAUGCGCUAUAUGUGAAGAUGAUCACAACACUUUUGGAGACCCGGAGAAUCUUCAUUCACAUAUGCAAGAGACGCAUAUUGACCAAUUUUCUGCCGAACAGAUUCAAAUAAUCUCACGACGAAGUAAGAUUUCUGGACGGAGAUCACUGAAUGAGUGUCCUCUCUGUUGUUUUCAGAUUCGAGACAUAGAUCUGGAAACGAAAGUUGUCUCGCAGAAACGAGCCGGAGAGCCAUUAGAGGGGAAGAGUAAUAAAACUACACGAACAAGUAUUGAUAGGAGUUCUCCAAAGCCUUAUGCAAAUACGGACAACUCUACGACUGAAUCUAGUUCUCAAGAAGCCAAGAUUAUGACUCAACAUAUUGCUUCUCACUUGCAAGCACUGAUGGCCCUUACCAUCCGGAUAGCUUCCCGACAAACCGAUCAAUCUGUCGCUAUGGAGAUAAGCAGCGAUGUUGUGGAUAGUGAUGACGCCUUCUCUUCAUCCCGCGACGAGGAU